AGCGCGGUUUUUCGAGCCAUAUACAUAUGGUAAUCGAUCCCCGAGUUAACCAAUAAAAAUGGUUCUUUUAUCCAACGCAGGAGUUCCGACUUAUGUUCCAAAUCGGAAAAGGAAAUCUCGAUUGAUCGUCGGUCUGAAGUGGGACGCAGAAACUGGAGCGCCACUAGCUACUCUCUUCGCUCAGGUUGCUCUGUUUACCGCAUCGUUGUGCCUAAAGAAAACGAGAUUAUGUUCAGAAUACGACCACAGUGGAAUAAAAACGGCGAUCUUGUACCAUAUCUGCGCCGUCCUGCUAUGUUAUGCGAAUCGGUGGAAUCGGCUGGAAUUCUUCCGUCGAAGUCGCGGCAUUAAGGUAAAUUCAGUAGCAAACCUCAUAUGCUUGAUUCUUGGGAUUCUUCUUGAGAAGUUUUAUGAGAAAUCAUUGGCUAGCCUCUGUUUUUUCCUGAUCAUGGAAAUCUUGUUCUUGAUUUUGGUGGUGAUUAUACAACCGAAGACCGACCUUGGGUUCUUUGGUUUUCUAGUCGGAGCCACUGUAUCAGUUGCUUACAACUUCUUCCAACUCAAGCUCGGAACCUGGAUAGUGGUUGCCAUCUGCUCUCUACUAGUGGCUUGCAAGUUUUGUUUAGAUAAGAACUGGUUGGAUCUAGGGGAGUUAGAGAGACCGGAGCUAGAAUCUUACCGAGAUUAUUUACUGCCCAUAGAUCUAACUGAAAGGAUCGCCAGUAGACUCAGCAAUCUGACUCCGGCUCCUGUAAUUGAAACCAUUGACGCACUAAUAGUGGCGGGUUUCUACUUUUUUUGGGCGUCUGCCUUUUUUAGCACCAAUUGUCUAAAUUCGGAAUAUUGCACCUCAUGUUCUGCCAUGGAAAAGCUCAAAUGCGGGGCCAUUUACGUUUUGUGGAUGUCCCCUGCUCACAUCCAUCGUCUAUAUUCUCUGUUCCAAGUUGAAUUUUGGCUACUUUGGCUUUGGCCAACGGCGAGUGCGAAUGCGAAAGCAGUGGUACAGGCAAUGGCACAGGUAGAAAAUAUUCAGAAUCAGAUCAAAAGACUAGAGGAAGCACGCCGCCCAAAAAAUGCGUCUGUAGUAGCCGAAGCGAUGGGGAAAGCAAGGAUAGGGUUGAAGAGGAAUCAUGACAUAUUGACGCUGUACCGCCAUGAGUGGGAGCAGGAAUUGCCAGAAUGGGUGAGAAAGAAAAUAGAGAAAAAGUUUCUUUUUGCUGUAAACAUAGAGUAUGAGUGCAAAUUGUCCGUUCCUUUUAGCUUUUUUAAACCCUCGUAUUCAGAGCUUUUAGUUCUUAACCUAUAAGAAUGGGAGAAAAUAAUUUUUAUUUGUAAUUUUUACCAUACGUUCAUCGCUUUUAUCACUUUUUUUAUUAUAUUUCUGUUAAUUUUGUCUUAUUUAUAUAAUAAAUAAAAAAUGGGAAA